AUGCUCGCCCGCUAUCGCCUAGUGGCGCGUCUCACACGCUGCCUGUCCACCUCUUCGCGCUCUUCCACCGCGGCGUCGUCUCCCCUCCGUCCGUCCGUCAAGACCACCGACCUUGGUCUGCCAGUCACCCCUCUGCCGGAUCCCAUCCCCUCUGUGCCGCGCACACCGCUCGACCGCGCUGCCUUACAUCGUCUGUGCAAGCUUGCCGCCCUCAACCCUCCCGCAAAGGGGAGCGAGGCCGAGACGCAGCUCCUGGCCGACCUCGGCGAGCUCGUGGGCCUCAUGGACCUCGUGGGCGAGGCCGUCACGCUGGACGCGGACGUCGGCGAGCUCCUCACUGCGGGCGUGGGCGAGAUUGUCAUUGACGCAGGCAAACAGCGCGGUAACGAGGACAAGGACGGCGAGGAGCGCGGACGCGAGCUGCUGCAGUACGCUACGAGGCGCGUUGGCGACUACUAUGGCUUCAAGAGCGAGCGCGCAUGA